AUGCCCCUCCUGGAGCUGGAGAGUAACCUGGCGGCCAGCUGCUUCCCUGAGGCGCUGAUGGAGCAGCUGAGCUGGGCAGUGGCUACCAUCCUCGACAAGCCUCAGGAGAGAAUCAAUGUAUCUGUGAAGCCAAACAUCCUCGGGUCAAUCGGAGGCAGCAUGUCACCGUGUGCCCAGCUGAUUGUGUCUUCUAUCGGGGUGGUGGGAACUGCCAAACAAAACAAGGAGCACAGCAACAAGUUCUUUGAAUUCCUUACCCGGGAGCUGGGCUUAUCUGCAGACAGGAUCCUGAUUCAAUUUCACCCAUUGGAGAAGUGGCAGAUUGGGGAAAAAGGUACCAUCGUGACCUUCCUGUAG